AUGGAGGUUUUCCUGCGCGCAGCUUUGCUCAGACGGCAAGAUGCCGGCGACGUCCCCGAGGAGGAACCGUCCACUGUCACAGUCGAAUGCGAUUCUGGUAACGAGUUCGAUGGUCGACUUGGCCUACGCAUUUCGGCAAUCUUUGUCAUCCUCGUCUCGUCGCUUCUGGGUGCUAUUCUGCCAGUUGUGCUGGCUAGAAGCCGUCGCAUCAAUGUUCCGCCCAUCACCUUCUUUGUCGCCAAGUACUUCGGUACCGGUGUCAUUAUCGCCACUUCAAUCAUGCACCUACUCGUGCCUGCCUUUGAUGCGCUGAGCUCGCCUUGUCUUGAAGACCUCGAGAUCUCUGCCUACCCGUGGGCUGGCGGCAUCUGCUUCAUGACCAUCAUGGUCAUGUUCUUGAUCGAGGUUGUGAUUAGUCAUUAUGACCUCUUUGGUUCUGGCCACAGCCACGGAGGUGAGGCUGUCGACCCCUCGCUGAACCUCCUGAAGAAGGGCUCAGACACAUCUGUUCACGCCCCGACCCCGCCCCCUCAAGACCUGGAGGCUGGCGGCCACUCCAAGGAGCAGGUCAAGACUGGUCUGCCGGGUGAGGACCAUCUUGGACAUCACCGUGACCACUCGGAGACCGAGGCUGCCUUUGCCGCGCAGAUGACUGCUCUCUUUGUCCUCGAAUUUGGUGUCAUCUUCCAUUCCAUCUUCAUCGGUCUCACCCUGGCUGUUGCCGGCGACGAGUUUGUCGUUCUGUACAUCGUCCUAGUCUUCCACCAGAUGUUCGAGGGUCUCGGUUUGGGCUCCAGACUCGGCACCGCCACCUGGCCAGCGGGCAAGAGCUACAUGCCGUACCUCCUCGGCGCUCUCUAUGCACUCAGCACCCCGAUUGCCAUCGCUGCCGGUCUCGGAGUCCGUGAGACGUUGCAGCCCGGUUCCAACACCACACUGAUCGUUAAUGGUAUCUUCGAUUCCAUCUCGGCAGGUAUCUUGCUCUACACCGGUCUGGUGGAGCUUAUGGCUCACGAGUUCCUCUUCUCGCCGCAAAUGCAGAAGGCUGGUCUCAAGAUGAAGCUUUCGGCUCUCGGAUGUGUCUUCCUCGGCGGAGGACUCAUGGCACUGCUUGCCGAGUGGGCAUAA